GGCUCUGCCCUGACGCCUCGUUAAGUGGCAUCCACACCCCCGUGCCUCUCGUUUCCACUGCCUUGGGACGCAGAUCGCCUGCCUUCCUGAAAACUUGCCUCUUCGCUGCAGCUAGAAUAAACUGCACUAGUUCAGGCUGUGUUUUUCGUACAUUCCCAUUUUUGUUUCGGAAAACGUAGUCCCUGUCCCUUGUCAUACACCCGUUUAAUUUGUGGGCAUCUCAGAGAAGUCUGCCUGCAGAAGAAACUCUUAGAACAGUGGAAUAAUGAUGUUGCAUGCUGGUUCGUUUUGCAAUGUCAUCAGAUUUAUCUUUAUUUGCUUAGUCUAUGUUAGACUAUUUUCAGGAAGGGAAUUCAUGUUUUCCCCUACACCAUGGAGCCUUGCAGUUCUGCCCAGUACUCACAGGCUAGGCUGGAGAGAGAGUUGCUUUCUCACAGGAACAAUGUUACUGUUGCAUCUAACAGUAUAUAUUUUGUGGCCAAAGCUGUCAAUUUUUGAGCGAGGGACUGGAAUUUGGAUAUUUGUAGUUAUGAUGUCAGAUAAAGAAAAACCUUAGUACUCUGAUGUCUUAUUGUGUAAAGAAUGGAAGGAUAACUAACACCACUUUCUUUUUCUUCACAAUUGUUUCUUUUAAUCUUAUCAAUGUCCCAUUCAUGAAGAUAAAAAGACUUGUAAGGUGAUUUACCAAAAGGUUAUUUUUAAAUGUCCUUUUAGCCUGUAAACAAGGAGUUGUCCUCUUCACUGUAGUGUAACCACUGUUGUUGCCUGCUUUUUGCAGUUGGUAACUGAUUCUAAUUCAUAAGGCCCAGGUCCCUUUUUCUGUAGAAUUGUUUGAUGCGAUGGUUUGGGCUGGAAGGGACCUUUAAAGAUCAUUUAGUUCCAACCCCCCUGCAGUGGGCAGGGAUGCUUUGCACUAGACCAGGUUCUUCUAAGCUCUGUCCCACCUGACCUUGAACAUUUCCGAUGAUGAGACAUCUGCAUCUUCCUUGAGCAGCCCCUCCCAGUGUCUCUCCAUCCUGAUUGUAGAGAAUUUCUUCCUUUAAUCCAGUCUAAAUCUGCCCUCUUUAAAUUUAAAACUGCUGCACAUUGUACCAUCACCACAGAUCUCAGUAAAAGCCUCUAUCUCUCAAAAGCUUUUUUUAAUUACUGAAAGGCUGCAGUAAGGUCUCCCCAGAGCCUGCUCUUCUCCUGGCUGAACAAUCUGAACUCUCACAGCAUUUCUGCAUAGGAGAGGUGCUCUGGACUUGCUCCACUGGUCGACAUCAUUACUCAGUUCCCAGCACUUCAGUAGGGGUCUCACCAGAGCAGGCUGGAGGAGCAGAAUCUAGAUCCCACAGUCUGUGUCUCUGCUGAAGAUAAUAAAUAGUAUUGGCCCUUCUGUGGGCCCUUGAGGGACACCACAGGUUUGUGCUUGGUACAUUGACCUGCAGGUGUUUGGAUGUGGCCAUCCAGCCAGUUCCUCAGGCAUUUAGCAGUUCUAUUUCAAGGCCAUGUGUCUCUAUUACUUCAUCUUUUCCUUAUUUUCUAUCUUCUGCCCUCCCUAGGUCGUUGGAGUUCUCACAGGCCAAUUUAAUUCCAUGGCAUAGCAAAAAAACUUGUUCUUUACUAAGUUUUCUGCUGUUUUGUGAGUUCAUUUAGUUCAUAAAAAGUCUGAUUAGGAUGUGAGCUGUCAGGAAAAGUGGGGGGAAGGGAAGUAAAGAGAAAAGUGAUGCCCCUAUUUUGCAGCAGCAAGUUGUUAGAUCUACUCAAGGGAGCGUAGCCACAGCAUGAUGAUAACUUAGUCACAUCCAUAGCAUAUUUUGCAUAACAUUUUUCAAUGUGCAGACUUAAAGAAGGAAAGCAGCAUUAAUUGUUUAGAACAUGCCCUAGUAAAGCUGAGUGUGCCUUCCUUUGCACUUGCCCAUCUGUAAUGCAGUUAUUGCCCGUGGCUGCAAUGAGUUGUUGCAGUACUUGAUGCAGCAGUCUUUACUUGGCUGUUUUUCUUGGCAGGGUUCAUCUGAAGCCCAGUGUUUGUACAUUGUGCAAAGAUCACCAGUACCUUCCUGUAAUGUUAGGAACUUUGAAGAGUAAAAGCAGGCCUCUUGGUACCACUCUACAUAUCUAGCACUGGCAGACCUAUUUUAUUUGCUCAUUGUGUUGGUCUUUGAACUAAAAGGAUAAUUAAUUUUCUUUAAAUGUUAUUAUUUUAGUAAGAAAUAAAAGUCUUUAUUUCAAUAUUGUGGUACUAUUGUUUGGGUGACUAUAGCUGAGGGAGGUAUUGCACGUCUCAGAACAUCUUAUAAACUCAGUAUUUAAGCUUUAAAAAGAAGAGCAGAAGAAACAGAAACUGAAUACAACCAGAAAAAAGCAACUUGAUUUCCUUUUGAGAGAGCUGGUAGCAUAAACAGGGCCUUGCAAAGAAAUACAUAUGUUUUAUAAAACCAAGGGGCAUGCUUAAAACAGAAUAACCUGCAGGUUCUUAGUGUUACUAACCUUCUGAGUGUGUGGUGAAUUUUUGUGGUGAGAAAUUUCUCAGGAGUUUCUGUCAUGUGAUCUGUUUUUUAUUUACUCUGGAGCGCUGAGACUGCUUCAUGCCAAGGAAUCAACUAAAAGUCCCUUGAAAAAUAAAGUUAUGUAUUAUAGUAUGAUAUAGCCUAUGAUAAAGGUUCUUAUCUGUACAACUUGUAAUUGUAUAAGACAAGUCAACUUCCUGGCUAGACUAAAUAUAUGAUAACAGAGUUGAGUUGCAGUGUGAUAGUGCUGUUGCUGCUGUGUGAAAAGUUGGGGUGCUUGUCUUUCCUUUACACUCCAACAAGCUUGUAUACCUUGAGCUAAUUCAUUAAUUUUCAAUUUGUAUGAGCCCAUGCUGUUUCAUGGGCACCCUACUACAACAUUACUUGGAAAGCUAAAUGUGCUCCAAGGGACAUGGAUUGUUAUUUUUAUGCUCUUGCCUUCUAUUACAACCAUUAGUUUCAUCAGUCAGGGAAUACUGCCUCUACGUGCUGCAGACUGAUAAUUCUGAAAAGGGCUGCUGGACACACUGAAGGUUUAGAUAGGAUAUCAUCUCAUUUUGACCCACUCUUAAGUUGCCGUGGGGGUCUGAUUUGAAAUCUGAGUGGUUGUGUUUUUCUGUUGCACUUUUUUAGUUCAUGCUCUGUUGGUUUUUGGCAUUCCAUGCAGUUCUGUAGGGUCUCUUCUUGCCAAGCAUUGUAAGUAGGUUUAGGUUGAAUGAGUAUUUAUACUGGUCUCAAGAAUGCCUGGAGAAAUUUUUUUUUUGUAAGGAGUUGUUGCUGUACUGUAUAAAGGGCUGAAAGGACAUGGUGUGGGAGAAAAUGUUUUUCAUUGAGGUAAUGAAAAGGGAGCAGUUGUGGCUGAAGGAAAGAUACUGCAUUGAUGACUUUGCAAUUCAACCUAACUUCAUCAUGCAUCUUGAAGAGAUGUAUAUUUAUUCUAGUCAGUUUCAAGUCCACAGGAGCAGGAUUGGGUUCCUGUAGUUCUUAGUUUAAAGUUUUGAGUUCGCAAUCUGCACUAGAACAAAAAAAAGUAUUUUCAGUUUAGGAAAUACUCUUCUGAAUUAAUUUCCACAAACUAUGCAAGCUGCAUUGUUUCUGGUAUUUUUUUUUUCCAAACUUCAGUCUAAUUUUUCUUUAAUUGUUUUAUUCACUUCUUAUUUUUCAGGAGUCUGAAAAAUCCUUAGUGGUCAUGACAUUGUUACAAGUGACAUAAAUUAGCCAGUGGCUCAGAAUGAUGGAUACCCAGAAGACUACAAAUGGUUUGCAAGUGAUUGGAGAAGGGACUGGUAUAGGGAAAUCGACACUCCACAUGGUGGGGUAUUUGGGAAAAAGCUGUAAUCCUGUGGAAACAGCUGCACAUGGGUAUUGUCCAGUCUGCAAAGAGAAGGGUCAGAUCCAAGGUUUACGGACUUACCGCCUUAAUUUUCAAGAGUCCAUUUUCCUUUGUGAAAAUCCUCAGUGUAUCUAUCCACUUGGUUAUAAACCAUUAAACAGCAUAAUUACUUCUACGGGUUCAGAAAAUCAUCAAGCUCCAUCUACUCACAAGAAGAGGAAAUUUGGUAAUAUCAGUGACUUUUCUGCUGUUGGAUCAGAUGCAAAAAAAGCAAAUAACAACGUGCUCAAUGUUGAGCAGGCCAUUAAUGCAGACUCAGUUGUGAAAGGCUGCCAGAAUAGUUUGUGUAUUCCCAAGGCAAGCCUACACAGUGUAUUACAAAAUGACCAGCAAAACCCUGGCAAUCAUGUGGGGUCUUGCAUGCAGAACGUGGAUUUUGAAACAACCACCAAGACCAACAACUACCAAGAAAGUCCACCAAAGACUUCUAGUCCCAAAACACAACUAUUGCCAAAUUCUCAGAAUUUGUCAACAGCAUCUGAAAUUUCACUCAAAGAGGAUAAAGGUUCUACUAAUAACAGAGAUUUGUGUCUUCAGUGGAGAAACAAACAUAAUCUUUGUUGGUUAGAUUGUAUUUUGUCAGCACUGGUACACUUAGAAACAUUAAAAUCUGCUCUAGCAGAAGAAUGUAACAAUGGAAAAUGUUUACUCCAGAAACUUAUAACAAAGUAUAAUCAAGCGUCUGUUCUUCUGAAUACCUGUAAAAGGAGUAAAGUAAAAGAUGUUCUUCCAAAAGCAGAAUCUCAGCUCAAUGAAAUCAGAAACGUAAUGUUUACAGAACUUAAGCCUCAGCUGACAUGUGAAUUGGGUAAUAUGAAGAAUCCAGUGUUUGCACUUCAGCUACUCCUACAAGUGGAUCAACAAGCUGAGAAACUAUUCUUGCAUUCAUUUUCAUGGAAGUUUGAAUGUGUACAUUGUGGCCACAAAUACCAGGACCGAUUGAAGAAAACCCUAACAACGUUUACAAAUGUAAUCCCUGAUUGGCAUCCUCUCAAUGCUGUUCAUAUUGGACCGUGUAUUAACUGUGGAAAUACGUCUCAAAGACAACAGAUGAUCUUGGAAAAAGUACCCUCAAUAUUAACAUUACAUUUUGUGGAAGGCUUGCCACAUAACAACCUGGAGAAAUACUCAUUUCAAUUUGAGGAAGACACCUACCAAAUAACAUCUGUUGUUCAGUAUCAAACAGAUAAGAAGCACUUCAUAAGCUGGUCUUUGAAUCCUGAUGGAACUUGGCUUGAAUGCGAUGAUUUAAAGGGUCCGUAUUGCAAGAGACGUAAAAGAUUUGAAGUUCCCCCUUCAGAGAUUCAUAUUGUUAUCUGGGAAAAGAAAGCAUCCCAUGUGCCACAAGAGCUGAAUUCACAGUUCCAAAGUAAAAAUAGUGAAGAUACUCGUCUUAAUAAUGUACAUUCAAAUUCCACGGUGUUGAAUUGUUUUGAUAACACUGUCGGCAAAACACCUGCAGAACCUCACAAAGAGCAUUCUGUGAGGACUCCAGAGAAGAAACAGCAGCAAGUAACUGAGGACAAAAGUAUUGUUCAUCAUGGUUCAGAAAAUCUGGCAGAUGGUGAUCUUGUGACACUGAUGCCUGAAGAAGUUCUGGUUGACUCAGAAGAUAAAUCGCUGCCUAACGGAUGGAUGGUGGGAAAUAACCUUCUUGAUGGAUGGGGCACACCAGAACACCUGGAACCAGCUUUUUCACUUAGCACUCCUUAUGCAGGAGAGUUUCCUGGAACUAGUCUAGCUAUGAACAAUAAAUCCAUGUUGUAUGAAAAUUCCAGUAUUUGCUUUCCUCUAGAAGAAUUGAACCCAGUAAAUAUUACUGCUCCUGAGCCCAAAAAACAUGACCCUGAUUCAUCUGACUCAUCACCUUCUCAAUUAAAUGACACAGCUAAUUUAGCUAACAGAGAACAUGGAUUAAAUUCAGAACUACUGCUAAGCAAGAAUUGGUUAGCAGUAGAAAAUACUAUACAAAAACCACCUGACUUGAGAGAUGCAAGCAAAACUGUAGUUAAAUCUCAAGUUGGCAGUUCUUCUGGUGCCAGUAAUUCAGUUCAGUCCUCGCACAAAGACCGAAAAGGAGGAUUUGUAGGAAGCUGGGUAAAGAAAUUAAGCAAGAGUACUUCUUUUAUGCCUUCAAGUGCCUCAGCUCUCAAGAAUGAGAGAAAUUGCAAAACUCCCUCAUUGCAAAAAAUAAGUGAAGUUCGGCUGCCAGUUAAGGGUGCAAGUAACUUCGGUGGCUUUCAGAGCAGAGGUACAAAGAAAACAACUGAGACCCCAAAGUUACUGGCUCCUCAGAGUAAUAAUACUCAUCCUUUAUCAAAUUUCAAAGGUUUUUCUCAAAGCACUUGUCUUCCAACAGCAAAUCAUACCACUAUUGUAGGUCCAACUUGGUUUAAGUCACAAAGUAUGUUGGGUACCUCAGGUAAAGUGACUCAGUUCCCCUCACCUGGCUAUAACUCUGGCAAGGCAGAAGAGUCAGAGAGUGACAAAACAAAAAAACUUCGCCUAAAAUUGUUAAAAAAACUUAAUGCUAAAAAGAAGAAGUUGGCUUCACUGGAUAGAUUAGCAGUGGAACAGAUGAAACAGGAAAAACCUGUGAGUGGAGACGUGAGCACCCCAUCGCCGACUGAAUCUCAGAAUGACAGUGAAUUAUUGCAGAGCUUAAGGGAGCUGCAGUAUCAGAUUGAUGUCACGGGGAAUGGACCUGGAUUGAAUGCAAACGCUGUGCCAGGGUGCACUGGCCCUGAUAACGCUGAUGAAAUACUGGCAGAAAUACUGUCCCCUAUUUCCACUGUCACUUCCUUGGAGGAGCCCAAGAGCGGAGAUGAGUGCAUGUACAUGGAAAUGGUGCACGGCAGCGCAGCAACGACCGUGCCCCAGGAGAACAGCACUGUGCCACAGGCAGCAGUGACAAGUGAGGACCACAAUUACUACAGUCCUGUGAAGGACACCACUUCGGAGCUUGAUGCAAUAAACAAACACAGUGGGAAAAAACUUUCUUUUGAAAGUCCUACAAGAGAUGAUAUCCUCGAAGACCUGUUCUCCAUUUCAGCACCAAGCUCAAUGGCAGAUGACAUGGAUUUACCUCAUUUUGAUGAAACUCUGUUUGAAACUUGGUAAAUACUCAAUUUCUUGAGGUUUUUUUCAGUAUUAUGUAUAUUUUGAAACAAAGCACUACUAAAUUAUAUUUUAUAACUAGUUUAAUUGCACACUGGCUGUACUUGAACAAUUUACAUUUGAGAUUUUUUUUCUUAAUAUUUUACUGUAACAAGCAAAUCAGGGUUUAAUGUAUUCUAUUCUUCUGAGAAGCAGUUACUUUAGCUGUCAGAUAUGACAAUGAUUUUUAAUUAAAAGCUCCUAAGAGUCUUAAUUUUUGCUGCUUUUAAUAUGAAAAUCUUCCAUACUCUAGUGUGUUUGAGAACUAAUUAAGUUCUGUAGUCUUGAUGAUAUAAUGGUGUAAGAAAUACUAUUUAUAUAGUAAUGAAUUUACAGAACCACUCAACUCCUGAAGUUAUUUUGUCCAACAUUUAAAAAAAGAAUUAAGUACCUUCUGUAAGUAGGGAAUUUUGCAUUCUCUGAUAUGAACUUAGAGGUUUCUUAGAAUUAAUUUAACUGUAAGUUAAUGCCUAUUACUGUUGUCACUUGGAGUUUUUCAUGACUCAGGCAGUGCACCCCCGACUGUAUGUGAGGUGCCAAGAAGAGGCAAGGUCAGUAGGAAGAAAGUAAUGGAAAAAUGUGGCAAGACAGCAGUGAGUAAGCAGAGGGAUUCACACCUUGGUGUUUCUGGAUAUGUAUAGCUUUCAUUUUGCCAGAUUGGAGUCUUUUUUUAAAUGCAUGGCCACAAAGCUGAGGGUAUUAUAUUCCAAGUUAGAUUAGCUGUACCCUUUUCUUGUUCUUGGAAAUAAGGAUUUUAUCAGCAAGUCUUUGUAUCAGGCAUAUUUAGAACUGUCCUGCAUUUUUUCAUUGUUUCAGAUUCCAAGCUCAAAACAUUAAAUGCUCAGUCUUACUUUUCCAGUAGAUGCAGUUAAACAUAAUGCUAUUACAAGGCAUGGUUACAGAUUCUAAUGGUUUUGGAUUGUUUGAACUAGUGUUUGAAAAAUUAUCAUUGGCCCUGAACUUGUUGCAAUUUGAUACAUUGUUAUCAAACUGGUACUUUAGGCAAUGAAUUUUUGAAAUUUAAGUUAUUGUGAAGAACUUGAGCUUCUUCUUUGUUUUAAAUACUGUAAUUGGUAAUGUUAAAAUAGAAAAUGAAUGGAUUCUGAAUGUUAAGGGCUGGUGUACUGCUUGUGAAAUGUUUGCCCGUUUAUGAAUUCCCUAAUUAAAAAAAAAAAGAGGAAAAAAAAAGAAAAAUAAAAAUAAAAAAAAAGA